CACGGGGCGUCUGGUCGGGUCAUGGCUUCGGGUUCGGAGGCCGUUCACUACAUCCACCUGCAUAACUCCAGUCAGUCUGUGCUGGAGGCCCUGAGGUCUCAGCGGCGUAAAGGUCUGUUCUGUGACGUGACGGUGCGCAUCCACGACGCGUCUCUGCGGGCUCACGCCUGCGUUCUGGCGGCCGGCAGCCCCUUCUUCCAGGACAAGCUGCUGCUAGGUCACUCUGAGAUCUCGGUGCCACCGCUGGUUCCCGCAGAGACGGUCAAGCAGCUGGUGGACUUCAUGUACAGCGGCUCGCUGGUGGUGCUCCAUUCGCAGGCGCUCUGCAUCCUCACCGCCGCCUCCAUCCUGCAGAUCAAGACCGUGAUCGAUGAGUGCACGCAGAUCAUCUCGCAGAGACGUGCCGCCGCCGGGGCCACCCUGCCCAAGCAGGAGGAGAAGAGCUGCGAGAGCACCGCGCCGCUGCAGGGCUUCGCCUACGACUGCGGCUCCGACAUGACGGCCGUGCUGGGGGGCGGGGCUCCAGGGGACGGGGGCGGAGUCAGCGCACUGAUGCCCCUCGGCGAGGUUGGGGCCAUGUGCAGAGGGGAGGGGCUGGGAGGGGCCAUGUGUCGAGGAGAUGGGAUGGGUGUGGCAGGGGGUGUGGUCAUGUGCAGAGGGGAGGGGCUGGGUGUGUCUGGGGGCGGGGCUAUGCUGAAGCCCACCAGCUGCUCGCAGGAGAUGGGCUACAUGCUGAACGCGGAGCGCGGCGCAAGCUCAGCGAACGAGAACAUCGCGGCGAACGAGCGCGACGGAGGGGCAGAGUACAGCGGCGUGGGGGAGGAGCUGGUGGGCGGGGUGGAGCACUUCAGUGAAGACGAGGAGAGAGACGCGGACCGAGACGCCGAGAGAGACCGGCAGACACCGCACACGCGCAAACAGAGACAGCCACUGAGACUGCAGGUGCUGGGUGGAGAGCAUGUGGUGGUGAAGAACGAGGGUGUGCAGGAUGGAGACGGUCUGUUUGAGAUGGACGAGAGAGGAAACACAGCGCAUCAGCCCGCCUACGCACAGGGCGGCUUCUACGAGGACUCGGCCGUGUUCUCGGGUGGUUUCUGGCCUCAGGCGGAUCCGCAGGUGUCUCUGGGCUCAAAUCCUCGCGGCAGGGUCACCAAACCCCCGUCUCCGCCGCCGGCCUCCCAGAACCUCAGCAGCCAGAUGCUGUUCCAGUUUCCUACCAGCGAAUCACAGCAGCCGUCCUUCUUCGUGGGCGGACCCAUGGUGAUUGACAGCCUGGCUGAGUCGUGCCAGCAGGCCCCGCCCCCCACCUCCCUGACCCCGGCUCCGCCCCCCUCCACCCCAGCAUGCCUGGCGGGGCCCAGCUUCGCGCCGCAGGGCUCAGAGACGUCCUUCGACUGCAGCCACUGCGGGAAAUCACUGCGCUCCCGCAAGAACUACAGCAAGCACAUGUUCAUCCACUCCGGUCAGAAGCCGCAUCAGUGCAGCAUCUGCUGGCGCUCCUUCUCUCUGCGUGACUAUCUGCUGAAGCACAUGGUGGUGCACACGGGUGUGCGUGCGUUCCAGUGCUCCGUCUGCAGCAAGCGCUUCACGCAGAAGAGCUCUCUGAAUGUUCACAUGCGCACACACCGUGUGGAGCGCACCUUCACCUGCGGCGUCUGCCACCGCGCCUUCACCCACCGCACGCUGCUCGAGAGACACGCCCUGCAGCACCACACGCCCACCAAACCACCCACCAAUCACCUGCAGCAGGGCGGCGCCAGCGGACCCGGCUCCGCCUCCUAGAGACAGGGACGACCGUCGGGGGAGAGAGGAGGCGCAAUCCCAGGAGCUUUAACACUCGCACACUCACACUCACUCUCUCACACACAC